AUGGCGACGGUGAAUACACCACCGACUCUACAAGACGUUGUUUCCGGUGACCUUAACUAUGACAUCUGGGCUCCAAUCGUUAAAGCAACACUAGUGGAGAGAGGGCUUUGGGACGUCGUCGAGAACGGAAUCCCGCCGGAUCCGUCGUCUACUUUUCAAGCCGGAGAUCUUUCCGAAUGGAGAGAUUCCGUGAUGAAAGACACGAAAGCGCGUCAGAUACUGCAAAUUUCUCUCCCGGAUUCGGUUUUCAGGAAGACACUCGAGGCCCCCGCUUCGGCCAAAGAUCUCUGGGAUUUGCUAAAAGAAAGCAACGAACAAGCCAAGCUAGAACCGGAACUCGAACGACUUAGAAUGGAGAAAAGAGAAAGUGUCUCGUCUUCCUACGUAGAUAGACUUGUGGAGAUGGCUGUUGAUGAUCCCUGUUUUGCAGGUGGAGAAUCCGAAUCUCAGUUAACCGCCACGCUACUUUUGCUGUCAGAUUCAUAUGACGGCUCAGUCUCGAUGAUGGAGAACCUCAUGGGUCUGCAGAAUCCGACUUUCAACAGUCUACGUGAGCUUCUUGAUAUGUUUGAAUCAGCACCAGUGGAGACCUUUUAUGAAACUUUGAAGGUUGCUGGAUCUUUAUCCAAUUAUAGAGCGAUCACAAAACUGUUAACCUCGCUGUCAGAUUCAUACGAUGGAACAGCUCCGGUGAUGGAGAAUCUGAGUUUUAACCGUGUUCGUAAGUGCCUUGGUGCAUUUGAAUCGGCACCAGUGGAGGCCGUCUGUAGAUCGCUGAAAAUGUUGGAGGUUGGAUCAUCAUCAUCACCAUCGGAAUCGAAACAAGAUUGUUCUCCGGUUACUAGGGAAGAUGAUUCAACGAAAUCGAGGCGUAAAAGAGGGGAAUGCUUUCAGUGUGGAGGAAGAGGGCAUAUUGCUAGAGACUGCAACAAAACCAGAAAGGAUCAGCAAAGACAAGCUGAGAAACAAAACCAAAGCAGGGAUGAAGUUUUACCUGAAUAUCAAAUGUUUGCAUUCGAUAUUGGUCAUAAGACGUAUGAUAAGGAUAUGUGGAUGGUAUACUCCACAACCUCGAAUCACAUGAGUCCAUAUGAGAAGUAUUUCACGACUUUAGACAGAACACACAAGGCUCGAAUCAAGUUCAUCACCGGAGAUACUAUCAUGUCCGAAGGAAUCGGGGAUGUGGUGAUCAUGACUGGUAAAGGGAAGAAGACGACGAUCAAGAAUGUGCUUUAUGUUCCUGUGAUCGACAGAAACGUUUUGAGUGUUGGCCAGUUGACACAACAAGGCUAUGGAGUUGUAAUGAGCGUAGGAAAAUGCACCAUAAAGGAUCAGAAUGGGAGAUUGUUCGGUCAUGGCAUUUGGGAAGAGAGAGGCUAUUUUCUGCGGUUACAGGUGCUUGAAGCUAAUCUCACCUCUUAG